GCGCGUUGCUAAGGCGGGCCGGGGGAGGGGCAACUCAGUAGGUUGUUUAUGUGUGUUCGGAAUAAUCGUAUUCUACUUCCUGGCUUGCGUGACUGUGCGCCACUCCGUCGCUUCCGGGUCAGAUGCUUCCCGGCGUUUGCGGCCUUCGAGCGACCGGUUUUUAGAAGCCUCCCGAGGAAGGCCGGCUUAGCCGAUGUUGAGGCGCCGCUGCCGAUCGGGGGGGUGAAGGGGGUGGUUGUAGAAAGCAGCGGCGGGGCCACCGCGGAGCCUAAAGAAAAGCCGGAAGGGCUUGGGCGCCCGAUGCUGGGCCGGCGGUCGCCAUGGACAAGAUCCUGGAGGGGCUGGUGAGCUCCUCGCACCCGCUGCCGCUGAAGCGUGUGAUCGUCAGGCGUGUGGUGGAGUCGGCGGAGACGCCGCAGAGCGGGCCGGAGUGCCAGGCCAUGUUCGCGCUCAGCACCCGCCUCAUCCUACAGGGACCCGACCAGUUCCAGCGCCAGGUCGGGCGGCAGGUGCUCGAGGCCUACGCUCGCCACCACCGCGACGACUUCGAGGCCUUCUUCACGCGCGGCCUGGUGCUGGCCUUGCUUCAGGGGGGCGACCCGGUGUCGCCUCCGCCUCCCACUCUGGCCCCUGGCCUCGGGCUUAACUUGGACCCGGCCGUGCUGGACUACAUCCAGCUCGGCCUGCGCCUGCUCAUCAGCUGCCCGGCGGUGCUGGAGCUCUUCGCGCUGCUGCAGGGGGAAGCGUUGCGGAUAGUGAGCGAGAGGCCCCCGGCUCCGCUCUGUGCUCGCCUCUGCCAGCUCCUGAACGACUUUCCGCAGUGCCUGCCCCGCGGUAGGAAGCCUGCCCUCGCCUUCUGCCAGCAGCUGGUGCGCAGCAUCGCCCACUUUCAGACGCAAGGGACCCGCGAGGCCGAGCUGCGGCUCUACGUCUCCCAGGUCACCCAAGUCAGCGGCCUCCUGCGCAGCAUCUGGAAGGCUGAGCCCGACACACUCCUGCCCUCUUUGCAGGAACUCUUCGCCAUCAUUUCCUCCACUGAUUUUGAGCCCUCGGUUGCCUUGGCAAGUCUUGUGCAGCAUAUCCCAUUACAGAUGAUUACAGUGCUCAUUGGAAGCCUUACCACAGAUCCAAAUGUAAAAGACGCAAGUAUGACGCAAGCUUUGUGCAGAAUGAUUGAAUGGCUCUCUUGGCCAUUGGCUCAGCAUGUGGAGACCUGGGUGAUAGCUCUUCUGAAAGGACUGGCUGCAGUCCAGAAGUUUACUAUCCUUAUUGAUGUUACUUUGCUUAAGAUUGAAAUGGUUUUUAAUCGACUUUGGUUUCCUCUUGUGAGACCUGGUGCUUUGGCUGUCCUUUCUCACAUGUUGCUUAGUUUUCAACAUUCUCCAGAGGCUUUUCACUUGAUUGUUCCUCAUGUAGACAAGUUGGUAAAAUCUUUCAAAAUCAAUGGCCUUUCCUCCAGUGCAACAUUCUUGGGACAGCUGAGUGAGCUAAUUCACUGUAUGAUGUAUCAUUACUCUGGAUUCCCAGAACUCUAUGAACCUAUUUUGGAAGCUAUCAAGGACCUUCCCAAACCCAGUGAAGAUAAAAUUAAAUUGAUACUGAAUCAGAGUGCCUGGACGUCUCAGUCCAGUUCUUUGCAAUCUUGUUUGUCUAGAUUUUCUGGAAAAUCUGAAACUGGAAAGACUGGUCUGAUUAACUUAGGAAAUACAUGUUAUAUGAACAGUGUGAUUCAAGCAUUGUUCAUGGCUACAGAUUUCAGGAGGCACGUAUUAUCUUUAAAUCUAAAUGGGUGCAAUUCACUAAUGAGAAAGUUGCAACAUCUCUUUGCAUUUUUGGCUCACACUCAGAGAGAAGCAUAUGCUCCUCGGAUUUUCUUUGAAGCUUCUAGGCCACCCUGGUUCACUCCUCGAUCCCAGCAGGACUGCUCUGAAUAUCUUAGGUUCCUGCUAGAUAGGUUGCAUGAGGAAGAGAUGACCUUAAAAGCACUGUCUUUAUCAAAGCUUCCAGAAGAUAUGAAUGGAGAAUCCCUAGUCCAGGAGGUGUCCAGCAAAACGCAGCUGAUUACCAAACAAUCUUGCACAGCAAAAGAGGAGAGAACCUUGAUAGAGAAAAUGUUUCGAGGGAAACUGCAAACAAGCAUAUGUUGUUUAAACUGCAAAAGUACUUCUUAUAAAGAAGAAGCCUUCACAGAUCUCUCACUGGCUUUCUGUCCUCCUGUAUUCUUAGAAAAUGUUGACCCACCAGCUACAGAAAAUUUGUCUGAAAGAAAAGAUGACUGCAUGGAACAAGUCAGUACUAGAGCAUUCAGUCCUGUGGCAGAAACAGUAGCUGGUGGUCUAGCUAUUGGUGAUUGCUGUGAAAUGGUCACAAAUGACGGGACAUUGAAAGACCUCCCCAUCAAUUCAAACUGUGAAAACACUACAGAUCCUCCUCUGUGCAAUGCUGAAAACAGAAGUGGUUUGCAAAAACAUGUUGGUGAAGCUACUCCCUCAGUUACUGACUUGCUGAAUUAUUUUCUGGCACCUGAGGUUCUUAAAGGGGAUAACAAAUAUUAUUGUGAAAAAUGUGGCUCUCUACAGAAUGCAGAAAAAACUAUGCAAAUUGUGGAGGACCCAGAAUACCUCAUUCUCACUCUCUUGAGAUUUUCAUAUGACCCUAAAUGUCAUAUUAGACGCAAAAUCUUAGGCAAUGUGUCCUUGCCACUUAUUCUGGAGUUACCUGUCAAAAGAACUGUGUCAUCCUUAAGUCCGGUAUCAGGUGUGUGGUCUAUGGGCGUUGAGUUUUCUGAUACUGGUGAGAAUCUAGCUAAAAAACUCAAGCCUUCUGGUGCUGAAGAAGUGUGUUGCCCGCAAUUAGUCCCUUAUGUUUUAAGUUCUGUAGUUGUGCACUCUGGCAUAUCUUCUGAAAGUGGGCAUUAUUAUUCUUAUGCACGAAAUGUUGCCAGUUCAGGGCCUUCAUUAGGAUCUUGUGAUCAGUCCCAAAGUCUGACUUUAGCUUAUCCACAAAGCAAUUUGAUGGCUGGAGAAGCUCCUGUUACAGCUGUUGAAAAGGAACUGGAUGAAAAUGAGGUAUCAAAGGAAUGGUUUUUAUUUAAUGAUAGCCGAGUGACAUUUACCUCAUUUCAGUCAGUCCAGAAAAUUACAAGCAGAUUCCCCAAGGACACUGCUUAUGUGCUGGUUUACAAAAAACAGAACAGUACUAGUACUCUCUGCACUAAAUCAGCCAGUGGGCUCUGGGUCAAUGGAGAUCCUCCUCUGCAGAAAGAUCUUAUGGAUGCCAUUACAAAAGACAAUAAGCUAUAUUUGCAGGAGCAAGAGCUUAGUGCUCGGACACAGGCCCUGCAAGCGGCUGCAGCUUCGUGCUCCUUUCGGCCAAAUGGAUUUGAUGACAAUGACCCCCCAGGAAGCUGUGGGCCAACUGGUGGAGGUGGUGGAGGAGGAUUUAGUACUAUUGGCAGACUAGUGUUUUGAAGAAAAAAGCAUCAAAUGCAUUGGUUUCCAAACAGCUCCCACUACUGCUUAGGACUGUUAUCACUGAACUAUGUAUUAAAUAAUGUACCAAG